AUGCCUUUCGAUCGCACGAACUGGCACCCUCACGCUCUCGGCUCCUCUGCAUCUGUUCCCGAACUCUCCACGUGGCAUCCCGGGAAUCAUGGGGUCGGUGCUAACGCCGCCUCGAACAGCCGGUUCGCCUCGUACGCACUCAAUCCGGUGUAUGAAGGCUCGGCUCCUGCCCGGACCAGGCCAGGCUCGGGCCGAACCUGGAGCCUCAUGGAGGAGGUGGAAGGGUCGGAGGACGACCCGGAACACGUGUCCGGUGGUGGUUCGUGGGACAGCGGGCGGAGAGCGCGACCGGAUUAUAGCAGUGGGUUGCCAGUAAAGGGUAGAACUACAACCGUAGCAGCGAUGGGGUAUGCCGGAGGGGUGGAGUACGGUGCGAGGAGCAGCAGUUGCGGUCAGCUGCCAGGGGUAGAGGAAUCGACGCCUUUGGAUAAUCACAACGGCAACAGCAACAACUUUACCAACAAAAUUAUCAACGGCGGCAACAGCAGCAGCAAUUCUCAAUACGGCCAUACAGGAUUCGUGUUCACAGCCAGUCGGCCAGACGAGCACGCAGGUUUAGGGGCUCGCGGGGGGCUUGCGAGUAGUGCGCAUGGGCGACAGGCUAAAGGGUGGGGUCCCAGCUCGUUAGGCAGCGCAGCAGCAGCAGCAGCAGGAGGAGGAGCAGGAGGAGGAGGGCCGGGGCGGGGAGCGGGCGAAGCGAGGUCUCUGCCUCUCCGGUGGGCGGGGGACGGGUUCUUAGAGACGGUCCGCGAGCAUGAGAGCUUUGUGCACAGGCCCUCAGUCGGGGGGGCCGUUGCUGAAGCGGCUGACUUGAAAGCUGCUGACGCCAAGGCUGGUAAUGCCGAGGCGGAGAGGCCUUGGUUUCCUGGCGCAUCCGGAGAGACCAUACCUGUAGAAAGCGGGGGUGCGUUUCCUGGAGCACCUCCUAUGAGUGUAGGACCGUUUCUGACGCAAAGCGGGGGGUUGUUUUCAGGUCUUUCGGUGCAGGAGCAGCAGCGGUGGGCGCUUCCGGAUUCGGAGAUGGGAUGGGGGGACGCUGGUGGCGCUCGGGCGGAGGAAGCGGGGAGGGCGGGAGGCGGAAGAGGGGAUAGCGGGGCGGGGGUAAGGGAUGACGGGGCAGACGUGGAGUUCGCUGAUUGGCUGAUGGUUCCUGGGGAAGGGGAAGAGGAGAUUCCGGGUGACUUAUUAGGGGGAGGGGGAGGUCAGUGUGGGCCUAAUACCCGUGUGGCAGACGGUCAUGAAUAUGGGCAAGUAGGGGAUGCUGUUGAUUUUCGUGAUGCUGGUGCUGUUUCUGCUGGUGAUGCUUCUAUCGGGAAUGUUUCUGGUGGUGCUGUUUCUGGUGGUGCUUCUGGUGCUGCUUCUGGCGGCGCUGUUUCUGGUGGUGCUGUUUCUGGCGUUGCGGAGUGCACAGCAGAGGGAGCGCGAGGACAGGGAGACGGCUUCAGUGUGCACGACGGGGAAGCUUGUAUGGGGGAUGGGGGGUCGGCUCAGGAGGGGGAGGGAGCAUUAGGGCGCGAGGGGGGCGGGGAGUGGACAGUGGAGCGAGAAGGAGAGGAAGGAGACGUGCUGUCGGAGUGCCCUAGCCUGCCUGACGACCUCGCCUGGUGCUCCUGGCCGGGCUGUGAAGACGUGGCUACAGCUCGACGCCCUGCUCACAACCCACCCCGUGCGUCCGCGCAUGCACCCUUUCAUGACCUUUCACAAACGGAAGCAGGAGCUGCCGCAGCAGGAGCAGGUACUGGAGAGUCAAGAGGUGGUGCUGGUAGUUCUCCUGCUGCAGGUGGUAUAGUAUCUGGCGUGGUCGGGGGUCCAGCCCCGCUGUGCCGUGGGCACCAGGCGCUGACGUCAGAUAAGAGGGUGAGGGGCGGGUGCCUUAUGAGCGUGCUACAGUCGGGCGCAGCUGUGCAGCUGGCUCAUGCAGGCCACGUGGACGCGGAUGUAGCGGGAAUGGGGCACACAACUGUGCAGCUGGCCGAUGAGGUUGAUGAGAAGGAGACUUCUGCAAAUGACGAUGAUGAUGGCAAUGGUGACGAUGACGUGGCUGACGGUGCUGCUGACGUGGCAGCCCUGGAGCUUAAUACGGACACAGAUGCUGAUUUCAGCGCCUUCGCUGCCCCCUUUGCGUCUGGUCCCUUUGCUGCUAGUCCGUUUGUCAGUGGGUUUAAUGGGCUCGGCCACCCUGGGGGGCACAUGCUACUAGAGGAGCCCUCGUUUGACCUCGACUUUGCAGCCUUCUGGGGGUUUGGAACAGCGCCGGAAGACGCAGCUGGGGUGACUGCAGUGGGUGUGACUGUUGCGGGUGUUCCAGGGGCGGAGGGUGCAGUAGCGGAAGCAGCAGGGGCUGGAGAGAAGAGCGCGGGGGCGGAACCUUUAGAUGGAGUGAGGGAGGCGGAAGCGGAGGGAGCCGUUGCAAGAACAGCAGGGAGGGAUGGAGAUGGGGCAGCGGAAGGGCAAGGGGCGGAAGGGGAAGGGGAGGGGGAGGGGGAGGGAGAGGGAGAAGGGGAGAACGAGGCGAUGGACUGUGAUAUGAUGUUCAUGUCAUGGGGUAUGCCGCACAUGCCCCCUGCCCAGCAGCCCAAGGCUGCAUCCCAGCAGAACAAGCCUCAAAGUUCCGGGGUUAAGCUGGGAUGUAAGCAGCCCAGUACGCUUAAAUCCGCCCAGGAGAAAGCGCAGGUUGAGAAGCAGGGCAAGGCAGAACAGGUGGAGGUUAAUCAGGCGCAGGUGCAGCCCAGGGCCCCUAAGGUGUUAGCUCAGGUGCCCGAUCCAGAUGUUGGGACCCUCACUGCUGCCAGUGCCGGCGCUGGUGAUUCCUCUGCUGCUACUGCUGGUGGCGGUGACAGCUGUAAGGUCGUUGCGCCUACUGCUGCCGAGCAGCCCCUGAAGCAGGAGCGGCCAGGGAAGCCAAGCAGGCCUGCUGCUCGAGAUAUCCCAACGCGAAAGAGAGCAGCCAUGUCAUCAGCCAUCACUGAGCCUCGCCCCUCCACCAGCAGUCCCAUGCCUUCCCUUUCCAACUGCUCCCACACCCCCAUCCUCCCCUCCCACUCCUUGGGUACCCUUCCCGCCUCGCGCACCUCCCCUCCUCUGCACCGCUCUACAUCCGCCUCCACCCCUUACCCGCCAGCCUCAGCAGCACUGACUGUCAGCGCCCCCCUGAAAAGAACCGCCACACACGCAGGCCCGUCACUGGCCCGCGCUAUACCCUCUAAGAGGCUCUCCAGUUCUCGUUAUAAGGGCCCGGGAGGAGCAUCAGCUGCGUUUGGUGCGCCUGGGAAUCCGUUUGGCGUGUCUCCAUCCCCCCCUGGGCAUUCCAGUGUGUUCUCCCAUCUGUCCACGUCAGCACCGCCUGCCUCAGCUUUCCCGCCUCACAUGUAUGCAAUGUCGUCUGUAGCACAUCCGUCUGUGGCACAUCAGUCCGUAGCGCAUCAGUCCUUAGCGAAUCACUCUCUUGGCAUGAGCAUGCGCAUGGGCAUGGGCAUGGGAAAUGUUAGUGCCACACACCAUGGGGCCUAUGGCGCUGCUGCUGGCGGUUAUGCCACAGCGGGAGGUUAUGCUCCUGCUUUUGCAGCUGCUGCUGCUGCUUCUGCUGCUGCUGCUUCUGGAGGGUACAAUGCACAUAUGGCCCUGCACAGACAUCCCCAUGCUCCUUCCAGCUUCCACGGCUUGUCAUAUCUCGCCCACUCGCCCCCAACCACUGCCCACUCCUUCCUCUCCCACUCACCCCCCACACCACACUCCUUCCACCACCAACACCACCCAAGCCACUCCCUGCCUUCUAUUCAUAACGAGCAAAUGCAAGGAUUGCUUCAGGAAAAGGGCCGCCGAAUUCGCCCCCGUGCCGACCCAGCUGCCACUAUCGGGUUUGCUUAUAAAGACGCUGUUUCCGUGCCGGAGGCUGCUGCUUCCGAGGCAGGUGUGGGAGGUUCGGCUGCUGCUGCUGCAGGUUCGGCGGACGAGGGGCUGGGUUCGAAGGGGCUUGGCACUCGCAUCAAUUCGUCUGCUAGUCUUUGUACUGGCGGUGCCUCUUUGCCUAAGGACAAGGGGAAAGGCAGACCUGGUGAAGGUAGAAUAGGGGGAGGUGGAUCGGAGAAACGGGUUGAAACAGCAGCAAUGGGGGGGAGGAGGGCUGGUCUAGAGGCGGCAGUCUCUGCAGCAACAGCAACUGCAUCAGAAUCUGCACUAGCAGCAGCUGGUGAUGUGAACCGUAUUCCACCCAUGGUGCUGGUACCUUCGUCCAUGCGUGGUGACGAAGAGGCUUGUAUGGGGGAUGCGUCUGGGGUAGCUGGGAGUGGUGGUGCUGCUGUCAGUAGUGCUGUGAGUAUGCAGGUGGAGGGAGAGGUGGAGAAGGGGAAGGGGGACGAAGGGGCAGAGCAAGGGGUAGCUACAGCAGCUAGUGGUGGUGCUGCUGCUGUCAGUAGUGCUGUGAGUCCCUACGGCUUCCUUUCUUCUGCUAGCGUGACUCCUGGAGCAGGGUUCCUGCCAGGGUCUCUAGGAGCAGCAGGGGGGAUGUCAGGUGGAUUUUCAGGUGGUCAGCCAGGUGUUUUCUCAGGUGGUUUCUUCCAUGGGAGGGUUCCUGGGUCUGUUGCAGCACCUGAGCGCAUGCACCUGAUGAUGGCCGGUGGGCAUGGGGCAGUGCGCCAGAUUUCUCCUGGGAUGGGUCAGGUGGUCGGUCAGGUGCCUGCAACAAUGGUUCAGGUGUCUGGCGGAAUGAUAUCUGGGGUUUCACCUGGAGGCACAGCUUCCCUGCACCAACCACACCACCCUCUGCACCACCUGUACCACCCGCACAUCCCACACCAUCCUCAGCAGCACUUGGUGGGAUUCGCACCUGCAGGUGCAGCUGGGGUGUCAGGCGGGAGAAUGGGCAUGUAUGGGAUGGCAGGGGGCAGCAUGAGUGUUAGCAUGAGCAGUGGGGGCAGCAGCAUUGCGAGUGGAGCAGGAGCGGGUGGAAUGGCAGGGACAGGGGGGCAGGCAGGAGGUGCAGGGACAGGAGGGGUGGGAGGAGGGGCAGGAGGAGGGGGAGGAGUUGGAGUGGGAGGAGUGGGAGGAGGAGUGGGGGCAGGGGGAGCGUGGGUAGUGCUGCCGCCCUGCCACCCCAUACGGCCCAAAAGUAGCACCUCAGGAAUAGCGGUGACUGCAGCAGGUGGGGGGAAAAUGGGCAUGGGGAGUGCUGCUGCCACUACCCCAUGCCUGGGCACCCGCCCAUCCACUUCAAUGGGGGCAUCAUGGGCGGCCCCGUAUGGGGGUGGUGGGAGCAGUGGGGAGGGGAGAAAAGCGGCGACUGUAGCAGGUGGAACUGUGGCUGUAGCAGCAGGGACAGGGGCUGCUGUUUUUGAGGCGCCUUCAAAGUAG